ACCUUCAACUCAAACAACGAACAAGUAAAAAUGUUUGUCAGAUCAGCCAGAAUUGUUCAAGCAAAUGCUCGCAGAUACUCAACUGCACCAAGAGAGGGUGGCAGCGCUCUCCCUAAGCUGCUUGCUGUAGGUGCACUCGCUGGUGGUGGAUACUACCUUUACUCUCAAAACAACCAUAGCAACUCAGAGGAGGCACAAAUCGAGAGAGCAAAGAAGGAAGCUAUCGAUGCAGCUGAUAAGAGCAAAGAAGCUGCAGCUAGCAAGGCAGGCGGAUACUACGAUUCCGCUAAGAACGCCGCCACACAAGGAUACGACGACGCCGUCAAGAGAGCAGAAGCUGCCUACAAUGAUGUACGUAGCCGCGCCAGCAGCUCAACCAGUGACAUCAAGGCCGAAGCUGAGUCUGCAUACGCCAAGGCAUUAGGCUCAGCCGCCUCCUUGUCCGGUGAUGUCAAAGACUCGCUCGAUAAGAAGUACGCCCAAGCGAGGAAGGACCAGGGAUUAGACAAAGGAAAGAGCUGGUGGUCAUGGUUGACUGGAAAGUAAUAAAUUGUAAUGAAAAGAUGACGUAUUAAUGUUUACUUUGAUUCUACACCGUGUCUGUCGCGCUCUUUAGAGCCCUCCUUGAUCUCUGGUACGUCUGUCGGCCUGUAGUUUGGUGCAUCGAAAGUGUCUAUUGCUUGUAUCACCAAUUUCAGAUUGUCUAGGAAUGCGUUUGUUGAUGUCCGAAGUGUCCUGAGCGAUACGGCUUCAAAUGUUGUUAUAAGAUUACUACCCUGUACCUCUAUACUCCGGCUAACGAAAUCUGGCUUCAGUUCUUUAUCUACGUCGAGCACAUUCUUGACAAUGUCUGGGUGCUGGCAGCUUGUUGAUAUCGAAAUUCUGUGCAUUUUAUAUUCCAGCCUUCGUCGUUCAAUUC